UGGACAAAAGAGAAGUAACUUCAAGCUUUCAGAAAAGAGCCAAAGUUAAAAUUGGACAAAUACCCGGCACAAGACCUUCGUUAUAUAACAAUCAACUUCUCAUCUCAACAGGGAUUCCUUCUUUAGAUAAUGUUGUUGCCAAUCACAUGACAAAUUGCAUAACUUUCUGAUACUGCAUAAUGAGUAGAUUUGGGAUGGCCAAUAACAUCUACAAACACCUUUAAAAAAAUGACAUUUAUUCGUUUUUUUUAUAAUUUGAAGAACCUUGAGAAACUGUUUCUUACAAAAGUGAUAGUCUCAUUUUGAAAGCUAGGACCAGCAAAUGAGCCAAAAUCAUUUUUUUAACAAAAUCAGCAUGAAGUUGAGGCAUUUGCACCAAAAUGUGCAAAAUCUAAAAAAGAAAAUUACAAUUAUCUGGAAUACUUUUAAAGAUUUUUUUGAAAAGGAUUUUGACAGUGAAAUAGACUUUGCACAAUAAAACAAUGGAGCCAGAAAUCUCUGAUCAAGCAAGUUAAAAAAAGCUUAAAGGGCUAAAUAAAUAUCACAGGAAAAAGAAUCUAAUCUUCAAAAAGCUAAAGAUGAAGUAGAACCCUUGAAUUUGCUUUUAGCUAAGGAUAAAGACAAUAUUUCUUAAGCUAAAAGGACUAUUGAUAAACACUCUUCGCAAAAAUCAUAUGACGCUCAUACUCGUAAAUGCCAUUUCUUCUGCUUAUUAAAUCAAGUACAUGUUGAGCAAGCAAGAAUCUUGGCUGAUUACAUAAUGAAAGUACCGACUAAUAGUAACCUCAUUAGAAUUCCUGCUCCCAAUACUACAGCUCUGUUGGUAUAGUAAAUCAUUAAAAUGGCCUCAAGCCAGAUUUGUAAAUAGCAGAACAUCUAUUUGUCUAAGCAGAACAAGCAGCUACUAUAGCUUGGGAUACCACAAUAUUGAUGGAUGCCACCACAAUGAGAUUAACAUUUCUCUACAAGACACUGCAUGGCUUAAAUUGUGCAUAUGGUUCACAAAUCACAAUCAUGACAUUCUUAUUUGAUAUAUAGAAACAUUGGUGGGAAACCAUUAGAUUGUACACAACACAUUGGAAACAGCUUAAAAGCAUGGCAUUACUUUAUUCAGCGUGUACCAACAUUCAACAAAAUUUAGUUGUAUACAUGUUUCAACAAAUAUUUCAAAGCACUCUUACACACAAGACACCUUUUAAUAGCUGUGUCAGCCAUGAGCUUAGCCAACUGUUGUGCAAACUUUUAGUUAGAGUGCAUUGUGGCUUGUGUCUCUUUAACAAUUUUAUGCAGAGUGUCAGACGAGCUGCCAGAUUUAUGCAUGAAAGGGACAUGCUGCUAAUCUGAUCUAAAUUAAGGUAUAAAUGAAGUCAGGGGAUUCAUCUGGUUUCAAACAGUUUUUAUGGAUUUCAGGAGUUCCAACUAUUGCCAUCUGUUGGAUUGUAUGGGGAGCUUUUGACUGGUCCAUGGAUGACAUUGUUUUAUAAAAAUCGAAGAUUAUAAAAAGGUGGGGGACUCGCAGUUGGCACUGUUUUUUUAGUGGACGAGGAUGUAUAUGGCAGCUAUGCAAGGAUAAUGUUGAAGUAUUUCAUUGCUGAAGGAAUAAUGACAAAGCAGUCCAUAUUUUUAUCUUCGGCUCAAGAAAAAACAAUAAAACUUGUCGAGGAAUUACCUGCUCCUCUUGAAGAUCCUACUGCUAGUGUCAAGACAGAAGAAUCUCCUUCAUCAGCAGUGUCACAUAACCAAAACCAGGAUUUGAAACCAUCAGAGGACAAAACUAAAAAGCAAGAGGAAGAGAACUUGAAAAUUGCCUGGCGCUAUCGAAGCAAGCCCAAAGUGAAGAGUUCCAUUGUGUCUAAUAUCAAAUUUGGACAUUACUAUGACUUGACAAAGACUAUGAGCACAGAGAAUAUAGCAGCAGCAGACAUCAGCCAUGCACCAAGCCCUGUGGACCUUUGUUGUACAGCAGAAAGCUCAAUCAUUCCGCACAUGAAUGUUCACUACUGCAGACUGCUGGAUGACAUCAGAUCUCGAAUUGAAGCUGGGAAAUUUGGCACGGCCCAGCAGACAGAUACAAGAAACAUUCUCAGGAUAGGUAUCCAUUCCAUUGGCUCUCCACUCUGGGGAGAAAUGGGAGGUCUGAAGUCGGAUGGUACACCAGACCCUUCAUUAUCACUCUUUCUCAUUGCUCUUCGUGGAGUCCUGCGUUCUGCUUUUGCUGUGGCCAUGCUCACUUUACCAGGGCACUUGUUUCAUGACGACCUUAUGGUCAAUCAAUUGUCAAAACUCUGUGAUACAGUUAUCAAAUUGGACAGCUUUGCUGGCUCUGACAAGGAAAAAAAUCCUGCAUUUAAAGAAUAUCAUGGUCUUCUUCAUGUCAAGCAACUCCCACGACUCAAUUCAUUCAUUCCUGCACAGCCUGAAACCUCAGAUCUUGCCUUUAAAUUACGGAGAAAGAAAUUUACUGUUGAAAAACUGCAUCUUCCACCAGAGUUAUCCGACACACCAAGUAGAACUCAGUCUGCCGGUGAUGUGUUUUCGUUAUCUCAACCAACAUCAGGCUGUGGUUCAACAUCAUCCUCCAAAUUAUCGUUUUAGCAGACGUACACAAUUUAACAUUGAUAUAAUGGGUAGCUAAUAAAUGUCUCUUACUACACUGAAA